CACCCGUGUCUCCUCGUUGGCGGGGCAGGUAAGGGGCUAGGUGAGGUCCAGGAGUAGAAAAAGUUUGUUCUGGGGACUCCUACUCCUGGGUACCUUGCCCAACGUCGUCUUCCCCGAUCAAAUUCUGAUCCAUGGCGUGAGUUGAUGCUGAUGCGGGUGAUUGAGAGCGUAGGAGAAAAGAACGCGAAAAGAAUGCUUUUUCCAGCACUAUGCCUUCUUUUUGACUUUUGCCUCGGUUUUGAUAGAAGAAUUUAAGUUUCGUGUUAUCUGUGAGCCUUUGGAACUUCCUUGAUCUCGACCAAGUGCAAAAGGUCUUUUUUUUUUUUAACGAUGGUGGCGAAGGAGAGUACAACAAUAUGGUUCCCUGCAUCUGAUUAAAGUGUCGAUCCGUUCUCCGUUGCUAGAUCGCCUUCUUCCAUAGGCAAAUACUGUGAGGGAUACACAAUCAAACAUUUAGCGUUAUGGUUUGGUUAAAUGAAAUUGUUGAAGAAUCAAUGCUUAUCAUUUCAGCUGGUCAGUCCCAUGGAGGGCACUCAUACGAAGGUUUUUGGGAUGAACCCUCUAGUUCAUUGGAUAUUCACCGGGAACAUGAAGACGAAGACUAUGAUCAUGCCAUCGCGCUUUCACUAGCGGAAGAAGAGCAGGACAAGGGCAAGGCUAUUGACAAUAAAGCUCACCUAGAGGAGGAUGAACAACUUGCAAGGGCUUUACAAGAAAGUUUGAAUAAUGAGUCUCCUCCCCAUCAAAAUGGGCGACAUUAUCAACCAUUCCCAAAUAUCUUUCCUCCUGUCUACAGGAGGUGUGCGGGAUGCAACAAGGAGGUUGGCAAUGGUCGUUAUCUGAGUGCUGCUGGUUCUAUUUGGCAUCCGGAGUGUUUUCGUUGUCAUGAAUGCAAUAGACCAAUAACAGACUAUGAGUUCUCCAUGCAUGGGAAUAAUCCUUAUCACAAGGCUUGCCACAGAAAACUCUAUCAUCCAAAGUGUGAUGUAUGCAAAAUUUUUAUUCCACAAAUUAGAGAUGGUCGUAUUGAAUACCGAGCUCAUCCUUUUUGGGGGCAGAAGUAUUGUCCAAUACAUGAGCGUGAUGGCACUCCAAGGUGUUGUAGCUGUGAAAGAAUGGAGCCAAGAGAUGCAAAAUAUGUAACUUUAGAUGAUGGCCGUAAGCUUUGCCUCGAGUGUCUUAGUUUUUCAAUAAUGGACACAAGCGAGUGCCAACCUCUCUACCUGGAUAUACAAGAAUUUUAUGAAGGUUUAAACAUGAAAGUGGAACAACAGAUUCCAUUGCUUCUAGUUGAGAGGCAAGCUCUGAAUGAGGCUAUGGAAGGUGAAAAGAAUGGCACACAUCAUCUCCCUGAAACUAGGGGUCUCUGCCUUUCUGAAGAGCAAAUCGUUAGAACUGUUUUGAGGAGGCCAACAAUGGGGCCGGGAAACAGACUCAUAGAUUUGAUAACAGGGUCAUAUAGGCUGGUCCGACGGUGUGAAGUGACAGCAAUUCUUAUCCUAUAUGGUUUGCCCAGAUUGCUAACUGGCUCUAUAUUGGCUCAUGAAAUGAUGCAUGCAUGGUUGCGCCUGAAAGGGUAUCGAUCUCUCAAACCGGAAGUCGAAGAAGGCAUCUGCCAGGUGCUCGGUCAUAUGUGGCUGGAUUCUGAGAUCAUAUCAGGAGCUGGCAGCAGCGUUGCCUCCAGUUCUUCAUCUUCAUCAUCAACCGGGUCCUCAAAAAAAGGUGUUCGAACUGCAGUAGAGAGAAAGCUCGGAGAUUUCUUCAAGCAUCUGAUAGAAUCAGAUCUCUCUUCAACAUACGGAGACGGUUUUAGAGCUGCUAACAGGGCUGUGGAUCGGUAUGGUCUUAGGCGGACUCUCGACCACAUGCGAUUAACAGGAACCUUCCCGCAUUGAAGAUCCUAGAUAUUUGACUAGCUAAGCUUAUAUCUCAUCUUAAAAUAUAUCAAUCUACAUAUCAUAAAAGGAAAGAACACAAUGUCGAACAAAAAAAUAAACAUAUACAAAGGCACACAAAGUACUAUUUUCUUACUUGGUUUUGAAUCUUUUUAAAGAAUAUAGACAUAUCAACUGUUGCUAAAUUUUGGUUUCUACUCUUGAUGAAGAAAAAAUAUUAUGAGUGUCA